CUUUGAUUAUAUCUGUAAUUUAUCUGUUCUCUGGUUUUUUACUCCAUUCUGCCCUAUUCCUCUCUUGUUGUUGGACUGUUACUGCUGGUGUUUGUUUAUUGAUAAUUUCUGCUGCUAAUUACUAGACUGUUCAUUCGCUCAGGUCACUUUUUUUCUUUUAGUUUUGUCUAUUAUUUUUCUGAUAAUUUGAUAAUUGUGAAUAUUCGCAGAUUUAUCAGUUUUUAUAUCUCUCUCUUGUUUCUUGUCUGUUCUUCAAUUUCACUUAAAUUUUUACAAUUAUCUUUCAACAAUUAUUCUGCUCAACAAUAAGAUCAAAAUUGUCAAUCUUACUUGUUCUUUGGUAGCUCAUUAUCUCUCCAAUUUGCUAUUCUCACCAUUCAUUCCUUUAUAAUGGAGGAUAAGACUCAUGAUUAUAAUAAAUUUAUUUUAAACAAAAACAAAUCAUCCAUAAAUGAUUUAUUCAAUAAUAGCGUCAGCAACAAUUUCAACCAUGAAAAUAUAACAGCAUUAAAUUACAACAAAGUUAUUAUUAACAACAAUAGUAUCACAAACAAUAUCUCAAACAAUAUCUCAAACAAUGCUAUUCACAAUAUUAAUGCAAAUGGUAUCAACAACAAUUUCAUCAAACCAAAGCCCUCAAAACUCGAUUUAAUUGAUAACUCUGAAUUAACCUCAUUUCCUUUAGUUCCUCCUCCUGCUUCCUCCUUAACCCCAAAUUCAGUAGAUAACAGUUAUCAAAACAUAUCAAUUACAAAUACUUUUCAUUGCAAUUAUAAUUAUGCUAACAGUAGCGAUACUAAUCUUAAUACCGAUAAUAAUCAUAAUAAUAGUAAUGGUAAUGGUAAUAAUUUCAAAAACAAAAUUAUAAACAAUUCCUUUUCAGUCUUUAUUUCCUCGAUUAAUCUAAAUUUCCCAAAUUUUAAUUACAAUGCAAAUUACCACGAUAAUACUAAUAAUUUCAUAAAUAAUAACAACACUAAUAACAAUACCAAUAACGGUAAUAACUACUAUAUCAACAACUAUAUCAACAACUACAACUAUAACGAUAGUGAUCAAUAUGUAAGCUCUAUCCUAAACUUUAACGAUACUCCUAUCAUUCAAGAUAGUAACAAUGUUAAAAUUAUUAUUCCAAUUGAUGAUCCGAUUAUCUUAGUUGAAGAUUAUUUCGAUCCAAACAUCAAUGAUUAUCAAAAUAUUGAUGCCGACAAUCAAAUAUCAAACAAUGAUAUCUUAAAUCAUUUAAAUUUGAAAAAACUAGUCUUAAACUUACCUCUAAAAUUUAAUGACAUCAUCGCCAAUAAUAAUCAUAAUAAUCAUAAUAAUCAUAACAACUUGCUCAACUUGGUUCUCUCCCUAAAAGAUAAUAUAUCAUUAAAUAAACCUUCAGAUUUAAAUCAAAAUUUACACAUUCCCUCAAAUAACCUCGAAUUAAACUCAAUAAUUACUCCUUCUUUAUCAACUUCAACCACAAUAGAAUCUUUAAAUACUUCUUUUCAAUCUAAUUACUCCUCUGUUGAAAAUUCAAUUUCCUUUUCAUCUUCUUCAAAUUUAAAAUCAAAUCAAUUAAAAUCAAUCACUAACAUCCCUUCAAUUUCAACUUCAACUUCAAAUUCAAAUUCACUCUCAAAUCCACUCUCAAAUUCAAAUAUGAAUUCCCUCAAAUACUGUCUAUUAUGUGAUAAACCCUUAUAUGAUUUGUCAUCUCAACUACCUUCUUCCUCGAAUUAUAACAAAUUUAUUUGUGAAAAUUGUAUCGAAAUUUAUAAUCUAUUGCAAUUUUAUUUAAAUCAAUUUAAUUCAAAUAAUGAUUUUUUCUUAGAUAAUUUAUCACCAACAGAAUUAAAUUUAUUUAAAUACUUAUUUCCAAAUUUAUUUCCCAAAGAGGACACAAAUGAAAUUGAAAACAACAAUGCAAUCAUAAAUAAUAAUGAUAAUAAUGAUCAUGAUUCUUUUACUGAUUUCAAUUUAAAUGAUUCUUUCCAAACUUUAAAACUAACAGAUCUUUCAAAUCCACCAAAUGCAGAAUCCGAUAAUAUUAACGAUACUAAUAAUACUAUUAGUAUUAAUAACAAUAACAAUCCUGAACGUAACUAUCCAACAUAUUCUUUACCUAAAAAAAGAUUUAAAAAGAAUCUCAAGAGAUUUAAUCAUAAUUAUCAAAAUUCUCAAGAUUUUGAUUAUUCAACUCUUUCAAUUGAUCAAGAUUAUUCAAAAACUUUACCAACUUUUUCAAAUGAUUUAAUUUCUCAAUUGAAAAAUUUAUCUCAAGAUAAUGCCACUUACAAUACUCUCACCACUAAUCCCAAUAAAAGUAAAAAGAGUAACAAACCAACCAAUCAUAAUAGCUUUUUACGUUUGAGAAAUAGUCACCAUACUUUGAUCCAUGCAAAUAGCGAUUGGUAUUUAAACGUCAAAAAGAAAUUGAGAUGGAGAUGGAGAGUCAAAGGUCUUUUACCUCAGUUUGAUUUUUUAAUAAAAAACAAUAAUUCAAGAAACGAAUUUUAUCGCUAAUAAUCAUAAUUAUAAUAAUUAUAAAAUUAUCUUCAAUUCUUGAUCUAAGUGAUUUUUCAUCUUUGAACUCUCAUUCCUUCACUUUAAUUUAUUUUUAAACUGUUUUGAUACCAUUUCAAAUUUACUAUAUCCCCUUUACUGUCCAACUUCUUAUUUAAAACCCUUUCUUUGUUUUAUGCUUGCCACAUAACACAUAAAAACACCUUCAACUUUACCAACUUCAUUUAAACUAGUGAUUACUAUUUAUUAUUUAAUUUUUUCAAUUUUGCAUUUCUUUUAACAAUCCAUUAAUUUAGUUUUUAUUUUUAGUUUUUUUUCCUUAACUUCU